CUAGGUGAUUUUUUACUCGAUACUGGAGACGCGGGUUCCGAGCAGAGGGAAUGUUUCGAAAGGGUAUCGUUUCUUUGGCACAGUUUUUUACGCAGCUCAGCCGGCAUUAUUGGUUUAGUCUUAUUCGAGUCGAGUAAAGGAGUGUACGAUGGAUGCAUUUAAUUGAAGUUGCCGUUCCGGUCGCCCUUUUACGAUUUGGAAAGAUCCCAGAAUAAAUAAACCAUUCAGAUAUGCAGAUUCAGUGACGUAGUAGAGAACAUAAGAUUUCGAAUCACACCAAAAGUUGACAAGCUGGUUGUUUGAAAGAAUUUAAGUGACUGAAUUUUAAUGUAAUAGAAGAAAGCGAAACAAAGUUCAACGUCUGAGUCUACAAGCUCGUUUGUCAAGCUGCCGAAAUUGAGCUGAUAAGAUGGAAAUUAGGAUAAUACACCGUAUAGAAAUUGACCGGCGACAACAUUGUAAUUUGACGGUUGAAAAAUCCUGAUUUCAAUGCCGAAUGAUUGGAAUUUUGGAGUCGAUUUUCUCGCAGUUUUCUGUCGAUUUUUCCACUUGCAAAUGUGAUUUAUGAGCUUGACGUUAUUCUGAAAUACAUAGGUGUAGUUGUAAUGACAGUAAUGGCACUAUCCGUAUGUGAAAUAUACGAAAAUACGAAACUGGCUAGAGAGAUGGCUGUGAUGGGGAAUUACGAAUCGUCCGGAGUCUACUACGAAGGUACAUUGCAGCAAAUAAAUCGACAGUUGAUCGCUUCGGAUGCGGCUACGAAGCAGAAAUGGAUGACUAUACAACAACAAGUAGCUCAAGAAUACGAACAGCUUAAAUCGACGAUGAAUACGUUACAACUUUUCAAAGUAGAUACACUGAACGAUAGAGUUAUAGGUCCAGCUGCUCAUUUAAAGAAAAAUAUGGCAUUUAAUAAUCAAUUCUCUCCGCUGAAUAAUUUCGGCUCGCAGAUGUUGAACGAUCUUGAUGUUUGGCCUUCCGUAGAAGACGAUCCGGAUGUUUGGUCAUCUCCUACACCCGCCGGUCACAAGACUAAUCCUCAAAUUAGACAAGUCAGAGGUGGUAAAAAAUCAGCUGUUGCGAAGAACACUGGUAAAAAUCAAAAAACAAAUGGUACAACGAAUGGCAAACGAGAUACUAGAAUUAUCAACAGGAGAACUGACGAUAAACUAAAAAAUACUAGGAAAGAUUCGGUGACGAGUAGUUCGAGUGAAAAAAUUGACAAAGAAAAAGAUGAAAAAGAGAAAGAAAGUCCGAUCGAUGAAAAACGUUUCGAACCAUCGGGAUACGAUCAAGAUUUAGUCGAUAUGUUAGAACGAGAUAUCGUGCAAAAAAAUCCGAACGUUAGAUGGGAUGAUAUAGCUGACUUACACGAAGCGAAACGUCUUCUAGAAGAAGCUGUAGUCUUACCGAUGUGGAUGCCUGAUUUUUUCAGGGGUAUUCGUAGACCUUGGAAAGGUGUCCUAAUGGUCGGACCUCCCGGUACUGGAAAAACCAUGCUGGCCAAAGCAGUAGCCACCGAAUGCGGUACGACGUUUUUCAACGUAUCAUCUUCCACGUUGACUUCCAAAUAUCGUGGCGAGUCAGAAAAACUAGUCAGAUUGUUAUUUGAGAUGGCGAGAUUUUACGCCCCUUCUACGAUAUUCAUCGAUGAGAUCGAUUCGUUGUGCUCGAGACGAGGUAGCGAAUCCGAACACGAAGCGUCGAGAAGAGUAAAGUCUGAAUUAUUGGUACAAAUGGAUGGUUUGAACUCUGCCGAAGAUGCUAGUAAAGUUGUUAUGGUAUUGGCAGCUACUAAUUUCCCCUGGGAUAUAGACGAAGCGUUGAGGAGACGAUUAGAAAAACGAAUUUAUAUUCCAUUACCUAAUAGUGAUGGCAGAGAAGCUCUGCUGAAGAUAAAUCUUCGAGAAGUCAAAGUCGAUUCGUCAGUUAGUCUUAAAGACAUCGCUUCCAGAUUAAACGGAUAUUCUGGAGCUGAUAUCACUAACGUUUGCAGAGACGCAGCUAUGAUGUCAAUGAGACGUAAAAUCGCCGGUCUGCGACCCGACCAAAUAAAACAAAUCCCUAGAGAAGAACUAGACUUACCAGUAUCGGCUCAAGACUUCCGCGAAGCUUUGGCCAAAUGCAACAAAAGCGUCAGCAAAGAAGACCUGGACAAAUACGAGAAAUGGAUGAACGAAUUCGGAUCCACUUGAUGAUAAAUGUAUUACUAGUAAAGUCUGCGAGCUCACGAGCGCGAGCAACGACACGAUGCAGACAAUCGACCAGGGAAGACGUACCUGUCGAUUCAGCAUCCCCUUCUAUAAUGAAGUUCCUGGGGAAAGAGCCGUAUUUUUAGAUCGCCCUUGCCAUCCCCUUAUAAGUAAUUUUUCCAAUCCUUAUGCAUUCGUAAGACUGAAUUUUAUUGCCAAGUUAUUUUUACGUGUUACGUGUCUAAAUGUGUAACUAUGCGAUAGUUUACUUUGGCCGAAUAAUUUCUAUAUAGAGAAACGCUUAGAAAGUUAGAAUUUUUAUAUCAAAGUAAUGCAUUUUUUUUUUCCUUUCUUGUUUCGUCGUCGUGUGUAUCUGUUCUGUGUAGUUGUAUUACGUAUUCGUUUGUGAUUUUAUAAUAAUAAUUACGAAAAAGAUAAUAAUUUUACCGAGUGUUUUGUACUGUAUAUUGUAUCAACGUUUUAUUUUUUGUACUGUAUAAAUUUUAUUAUAUUUAAUAAGAGCAGGUGCGGCUAAAAAGAAAAACGUGUUCGAAACGAGUACGCGAUUAUCGUUCCCCGAAGUAAUAUUACUUUUUCAUUUUUAUCGCCGCGGCUUAUUUUUAUGUAUUAAAACGCUCUCAUGACCAUUUCCCAAGACGCAUUUUGAAUUUUUUUUUGUUUAUUUUAGCACUAGAAUGAAGCGAAAACGCGAGCUGUUAUUAAAUUUUUAAUUUGCUCGUUAAUUUUUCUUUUUCGUUCGUUUACCUUUCAAUAUUUCGAGUUCUAUUUUUUUUUCUUUUUUUUUUAACGCCGAUCUAUAGUAAUUUGAUAACGUAGAUUAUACGAUUAACACAUUAGGUUUAAUUAUCUUCCCAUUUCGAUGUUGUUUCAGGUAUUAUUACGAUUAUAUCGAUGAUUCCCUCCUAUUGACUAAAAAACGACACACGUCACGUAUAUAAUAUAGUACAUAUAAGAUGUCACCGGUGAUUUACGAUGGGAAUCGUCGUAGAAUUAUUAAGGUUGUGAUAAGUGGGUGAAAUUUGUCGACUUUGUGGAAUAUUCGAAAAUAUCCUCCGAUCUGCCGAUUCAUAUCUCCGCCUCGGAAUUAAUCAAAUUUUCUACUAAUAAUUCCUUCGUAUGGUGUGUUUAAUGUAUGCAAUACAGACUAUAUACCUAUAGGUACCUAUCUAAUUAAUAAUUAAGUGACGAAUUGUAUAAAUGUUUAACUCGUGUAAAUGUAUAGAUUGUAUGUAUUUUACGUUGUGUUGAAGUGGGAUCUCAAUAAAUGUUGUUUUUAAUUUUCA